ACAUUAACCCAUCUUCAAUAAUCAUAUUCUCUCUCUCUCUCUCUCUCUCUCUCUCUCUCUUCUAGUAGCUAUAGAAAGAAAGAACCAUGUCAAGAAUUCAUCCUGCUUAUCAGAAUAGAAGCCAUGAUGAUACGUUAACUUUGGAGGAAAGGAGCGAAGAAGAUACCGAUCAGCUUCAGCUACAACUAGUACGUCCUUCAGUGCUCACCGUGUGGAAGCGAUCUAGCAUGACUUUCCAGGGGACUGACGGAUUCACCGUUUUUGACCACCAUGGAAGACUGGCUUUUCGAGUUGACAACUAUUCCAGGAAAACCUCUUGCAAUAUAAUUAAAGGAGGAGGUCUCGUCCUCAUGGACGGAGCUGGGAAUGCUUUGCUAACUCUCAAACCCCAGGUAUUAAGCAUGCAAUACCAGUGGAAUGCAUAUAGAGGAGAAGAUAAAAUGGGAAAAAGGGUGACUAGUACUACUUCAAAGGUAUUCUCGAUGAGAAAUGGAUCAACGCUUUUCCACAGUAGCAAAGACGAGGCAAUAGUGAUGAUGAUGGGAUCAUCAUCAUCAUCAGGACCUAGUACUAAUGAUAUUAAUACUGAUCAUCAUCAUAAGACACCAGAUUUCAGGAUCGAGGGAUGUUUUAGGAGGCGAAAUUGCAAAAUAAUAAAGUGUAGCAGUGGAGAAAUGGUGGCAAGGAUUGCUAGGAAGAGAGUGAACAACAGGAGGAUAUUGCUUGGAGAUGACGUUUUCAGCCUAGCAGUACAACCUGGCUUCGACCCUCAGCUUAUUAUGGCCUUUGUAAUUAUCUUGGACCGCAUUUGCAGUAAGCCAUUUGCCCCGGUCUUGUGUUCCUAAUUAAAAAAUAAAAUUCUAGUGUAU